AUGAUGGAGAAACCCACUCAGCAUCCUAGUGAGGGUUUGUUUAAUCGAACUAUUGCAAACAGCAGCAACUCACAGUUUUCACACUUUGAUUCAUGUCAGCCUUCUUUCCCUGCAGUCUUCUUGCUCAUCACGGCUUAUACUGUCGUUACAAUAGUGGGGCUUUUUGGAAACCUUUGCCUGAUUGUUAUAAUACAAAGACAGAAAGAAGCUCAAAAUGUUACAAAUAUUCUGAUUGCCAAUCUCUCUUUAUCCGAUGUCUUGAUAUGCAUCAUGUGCAUUCCUGUCACAGUUGCAUACACUUUGAUGGACUAUUGGAUAUUUGGCGAGGCUAUGUGUAAAAUAAGCUCUUUUGUACAAAGUAUGUCUGUCACAGUCUCCAUAUUCUCACUUGUAUUAAUUGCUGUCGAGAGACACCAGUUAAUAGUGAACCCACGUGGCUGGAAGCCGAAUAUGUCACACGCUUACUGGGGAAUUAUCUUCAUUUGGGGGGUUUCCCUUAUCAUAUCCAUUCCCUUUUUUAUAUUCCACCACCUAUCUGAUGAACCCUUUAAAAAUCUCUCUUACCAUAGCGAUUUCUACACGAACAAAGUUGUUUGCAUCGAGGCCUGGCCAUCAGUUGCAGAGCGACUGGUCUUUACCACCAGUCUGCUGGUUGUCCAGUAUUGCUUCCCACUGGGCUUUAUUUUUAUCUGCUAUCUCAAGAUAUUUGUAUGUCUCCGGCGGAGACAUGGUAAGGUGGAUGGGAUGAGGGAGAAUGAGAGCAGACUAAAUGAGAGUAAAAGGAUUAAUAUGAUGCUCAUUUCAAUUGUCGUGACCUUUGCAGCUUGCUGGUUGCCUCUAAAUAUAUUUAAUGUCGUUUUUGACUGGAACUAUGAGGCACUGAUGAACUGCCACCAUAACUUAGUGUUCACAUUGUGCCACCUGGUAGCCAUGCUCUCGACAUGUAUCAAUCCUAUCUUUUACGGAUUUCUCAACAAGAAUUUCCAGAAGGAUUUAAUAGUGUUAAUUCACCACUGCAGAUGCUUCACAUCUCAGGAGGAAUAUGAGAACAUCGCUCUUUCAACCCUGAACACUGAUGUAUCCAAGGGGUCCUUGAAAUUAAAUAAUACCCCUGUGAAUAGCUAA